AUGGAGGAUUCUAACCGCAACCGCAUACCUCCACACCUGCGCCUGGAGCACCAGAAGAUUGAUCACAUAUGCGGAAUCAUCAAGUCCCUCAAUUUAACCCCCAAAAAAUUCCUAAUUGCUUUGCUCACGAACUCGGAUACGGCUGUCAAGACUCGCCGUGCAAUGUGGGGUUCACCUGAAGGAUGGAAUUCAACUGCAGAAGUCUUGAAUGUGAUACGUGACGUGGUAACGAGAAACGGUCCGGAAGGAAAAGGAAACUGGAAAGAUUACAUUCUUGAGGAGGCAAAAGCAUGUGUUGCUUCCGAUGGCCCAAAGCGUCAUGAACCCAAGGAAGGAGUGACUUGGUUUAACGCGAGUGAAGUCAAGCCAGCUUUUUUCAACGCGGAGGCGAGGUUGUCACGGGAUCAACACCUAGCUGCGAAAGGAAUGCCGUUCUUAUUCAAAUUGAUCAUGUCAAAAGUCAGUCAAAACGAUCCGAAUGGUUUUGAGGAAGAAGAUACAAAUGAUCGGGAAUGGUUCUCCUGCAGAGAGGAGAGCUCAUUCGGUCAGUAG